UCGAAUUUCAAAUCGGAACGUUCGGUCCGCGGAACGUGUUCGGGGCAGAAAAAAACGUUAGCAAGACAUUUGUUUUCGUGGUGACUUUAAUUGGCAGCCAAUCAGACUUAAAGUGCAAUACACAAACUGGUGAUUAAAGUUAGUAUUCAGGGCGAAUUCCAUUGAAAAGGGCAAAGUUCUGGGAGGUGCAACCACCCCCUCGAAAUUGUUAAAUAUUUAUACACACCACCAACGGAACGCACGCACUUACACAGUUUACAAGGCGAGUGGCGCCAACAUAUGCAAAGCAGCGAUAAGAAAACAACCCAGAAAAGGAAAGCAAAGGAAAAUUAUUGGCAGGCGACUGGAUUCGUUUGGAGUGACUCAACUCCCACAACAAUUGCCGCUGAUGAGGUGAACGAACUGCUGGUCAGCUGCGCAGCAUCCAUUUUUAGCUCCUCCCUCCCUCCAUCUCUGGCAAUUAAGUCGACCCUAAUUGGAGGAGGGAGCUUCUCGGCUCAAGAUGCCGUCGCUGCGCCAGAAGGUCACCACUUACUUCCGCCAGUUGAGCUUCAUCGCGGAGCCUCGCGAGGGUCGCCGGCGGGCCAGCGAGCACGAGGAUGACGAUGGCAGCUUCAUUACCAAAUACCUGGAGGGUCGCAUGCAGCGACAGUUUGUGGAGGGUCCAGAGAUCUACAAUGGCCAGAAUCCCACAGACAUGCCCGUUCUCAAGUUGAACCCCUACGAAGCCGGAACCUGCUCCAUCACAGCCGCCUGCACAGGACCGGAUGAGGGACUCACUGGAAUUAAGCGCUCCAAACUGCACCUGAGCACCAGCUUUGCGGACGACAUCGACUUCAUUGAUACGCAGCAGGAGAACGAUGAUUGCUAUGGGGUUAGGAAGAGUUCUCCGCCGGUUCAGCCGGCCACGCAGAACUCCACACGACUGACCAGCAAAUUCGGACGACCGCCGUCUGCAUCCCGGAGACAGAGUAGCACGGAGCAGCCAUCCGGAUCCGCUCCUGCUUCGGGAAUGCGUUCCCGCAAGAAUUCCAAGAGCAGCAUAGCCAAUCUGGCGGCGGCAUCUACGGGCGGCGAUGUUGGUAAGGUCAACAACAACGAUCAGAACAACAAGAACCUGUUGAACGCAAAGACUGAGGCUUCGACGGAUGGGGAUUCCAACUCGGAGCGGGAGCGCCUGCUCCUCGAGGCUGUGAGCAACCAGGCGGGAUCUGCUUCAGCUCCUUUGAUCGCUGGUGUGGAGAACUGGCGCAUGGAGUGCGAGUUUGCAUAUGGAAUCUCAGUGUCCCUCUACGAGACCAACAUGCUGACCAAAGAACCCAUGGGAAAUCCCAUCGCCGACUGCUACGGAAUGGUGGUGCGCGGGGAUUCAGCUGCCAUGGCUCUGGCAGAUGGCGUCAACUGGGGUGAUGGCGCCCGCUUGGCCGCCCGCUCAGCUGUCCAUGGAUGUCUGGACUACCUGGAUCGAGCGGUCUUCGGCCAGGCACUGGAAUGUCGGGCCACCACCACCCAAGAGGUUUUCGUGAGUCUACUGCGGAGUCUGUGGGAGGGACACGGCUGCAUACUGGAGGUUGGGGGAGCCCUGUCCACGCUGACCAUUGCUGUGGUGCUGCCGCUGGACGGAGCGCCGGGCAAAUAUGUCGUCUGUUCGUGCAACGUGGGUGAUUCCCUGGGCUACGUGUACUCCAAGAAGCAUGGAGUUCGGGAACUCACGCAGGCCUCCCACGACAUCAGCUCCAUGCGGGACAUGCGUGACGCACUGGGGGCCUUGGGACCGGCGGAUGGAAACAAGCCGGAGCUGAGCAAUCUCACCUUUUCGAUGACCUGCAUCGAAAGCGGCGACAUUGUGUUCCUCACCUCUGAUGGAAUCAGCGAUAAUUUCGAUCCCGUUGUGGGCAAGUUCGCCGAGGCAUGGACGCCAGAUGUCAAGCUUCAGACGGCGGGUCAGGGGAAACCUGGUAGCUUAGCUCCAAAAAGGCAGAACAAGAGUGCUUCUGCGAUCUAUGCCCGCCUACAUCCCUCGACGCCGCCCACGCGUCCAGCUCGUCAGUCCAAGGCGAGCAGUCCGCCCAGCAAUGCGCCUAGUCGUCCGAAGUAUAUGCGUUCGCAAACUCUCAUUGAACCGCGUCAGGGACUGGCAUCGCCUCCACCGCCUGCAGUAGCUCUUCAGCGCAUUCCGAAGUCUAUCUCUGGGCUGCCCUUGGUCACCGGCCCUCAACGACAUGCUCUCACUCUGUACCGCCUGGAGGAUCUGCUCAGCUACGGCAUCAACGGCACCUUUUCGCCCUGCGUUUCGGCCCGAAGGCUCUGUCACUUGCUCAUCGAUUUCGUCAGGAUGAUCACGUCCGCCAGGAGAAAGACCCUGGAGCAGAGGGAGCUCUUCUACAAACUCUCGACGGGUCCAGAUGGCGCCAAACGGGAAGUGCAGCUGAAUCGCAUGCAGCAUCGGGCGGCCAGGAAGCGGGUUGUGGAUAGCAGCGCCUUUGUAGCCCUGCCUGGAAAACUGGACCAUGCCACUGUGAUGGCCUACACGGUGGGCGGUGGAGAGGAUCACAAUAAUGGAAACGAUAACGGCGACGGAGGAGCUCUUUCCCCCGUGCUGCAAUCCAAGGAGUUUAAGGAGACGAAUUUCUAAAAAACGAGGAAUCGCUAGACUGCAGACUAAGCUUUUUAUACAUUUUUCUCACUCACAUAUGGGUAGUUCUAUCUUAUAUGUACAAACAGUGGUCUUCAGGGUCUGUAAUAAAUUUCCAGUUUA